AGUGGCGCGGUGAGUACCCGGGAGGAUGGGGGAGGAUGAGGGUGGGUGGAGGUUGCGGACCCUCCCCACUGCAGCGCGGGCCGGGGUCCUAGGGUCCGCUCUGCGGCCUGGAGAAGGCCCUGGAGUUGGCCCUGGAGUUCUGCUGGCGUGAAAGCAGCCCAGCCCAAGACACCUCCACAUCUUCAGGCCUGAAUCACAGCCCGCCCUUUAUCCCCACGUCCAGGACCAAUUUGAAAUGUUAUAUCCCAGCCAUGAAGCUAGGCCAUGUCUGGUCCAACUGAUGAGACUGCAGGAGACUUGCCUGUGAAAGAUACAGGUCUAAACCUCUUUGGAAUGGGAGGGUUACAAGAAACUUCAACAACACGGACAAUGAAGUCUCGCCAGGCAGUGUCACGUGUCAGUCGUGAGGAACUGGAAGACAGAUUUUUGCGUUUGCAUGAUGAGAACAUUUUACUUAAACAGCAUGCCCGCAAGCAGGAGGAUAAAAUUAAAAGAAUGGCCACCAAGUUAAUACGGCUAGUUAAUGACAAGAAAAGAUAUGAGCGGGUUGGUGGCGGCCCCAAGCGGCUGGGACGAGAUGUGGAAAUGGAAGAAAUGAUUGAGCAGCUGCAAGAGAAAGUUCAUGAGCUUGAAAAACAAAAUGAAACCCUCAAAAACAGACUGAUUUCAGCCAAACAGCAACUUCAAACCCAGGGUUACAGGCAAACUCCAUACAAUAAUGUACAAUCUCGUAUUAACACUGGGCGUAGAAAAGCAAAUGAAAAUGCUGGUUUACAGGAAUGCCCCAGGAAAGGUAUAAAAUUCCAAGAUGCAGAUGUAGCAGAAACUCCACAUCCCAUGUUUACAAAAUAUGGCAACAGUUUACUUGAAGAAGCCAGAGGAGAAAUAAGAAAUUUAGAAAACGUUAUUCAGUCACAAAGAGGCCAGAUAGAGGAGUUAGAGCACUUGGCUGAGAUCCUGAAAACUCAGUUGAGGAGAAAAGAAAAUGAAAUUGAGUUAUCUCUUCUUCAGCUUCGAGAACAGCAAGCUACAGAUCAAAGGUCAAAUAUUCGGGACAAUGUAGAAAUGAUUAAGCUUCAUAAACAGCUAGUAGAGAAAAGCAAUGCUCUUUCAGCAAUGGAAGGAAAAUUUAUUCAGCUUCAAGAGAAGCAAAGAACUCUCAGAAUCAGCCACGAUGCUUUGAUGGCAAAUGGGGAUGAGUUAAACAUGCAACUUAAAGAGCAGCGUUUAAAAUGCUGCAGUCUUGAGAAACAAUUACAUUCUAUGAAGUUUUCUGAAAGAAGAAUAGAAGAGCUGCAGGAUAGAAUUAAUGAUUUAGAAAAGGAACGGGAACUUUUAAAGGAAAACUAUGAUAAACUUUAUGACAGUGCCUUCAGUGCUGCCCAUGAAGAGCAAUGGAAGUUAAAGGAGCAACAGCUGAAAGUGCAGAUUGCUCAGCUCGAGACUGCCUUGAAGUCUGACUUAACAGACAAAACUGAAAUCCUUGACAGAUUAAAAACUGAAAGAGAUCAAAAUGAAAAACUCGUUCAAGAGAAUAGAGAACUACAGUUACAGUAUCUGGAACAAAAGCAACAACUUGAUGAACUUAAAAAACGCAUAAAAUUGUACAACCAGGAGAAUGAUAUUAAUGCUGAUGAAUUGAGUGAAGCUCUCCUACUUAUAAAGGCUCAAAAAGAACAAAAAAAUGGAGACCUUUCCUUUUUAGUGAAAGUAGAUAGUGAAAUUAAUAAAGAUCUAGAACGCUCUAUGAGAGAGCUGCAAGCAACUCAUGCAGAAACGGUGCAAGAGCUGGAAAAGACAAGAAACAUGCUAAUUAUGCAACACAAAAUUAAUAAAGAUUAUCAGAUGGAGGUUGAGGCAGUGACCCGUAAGAUGGAAAAUUUGCAGCAAGAUUAUGAACUCAAAGUGGAACAGUAUGUUCAUCUUCUUGAUAUCAGGGCUGCACGUAUCCAUAAACUAGAAGCCCAAUUAAAGGAUAUUGCCUAUGGCACCAAGCAGUACAAAUUUAAACCAGAAAUCAUGCCAGAUGACUCUGUUGAUGAAUUUGAUGAAACCAUCCACUUAGAACGAGGCGAAAAUCUAUUUGAAAUCCAUGUCAACAAAGUAACCUUUUCUUCUGAAGUUUUACAGGCAUCUGGAGAUAAAGAGCCUGUCACUUUCUGUACCUAUGCUUUCUAUGAUUUUGAACUACAGACAACUCCCGUAGUGCGAGGCCUUCAUCCCGAAUAUAACUUCACUUCUCAAUAUCUUGUUCAUGUUAAUGACUUAUUUUUGCAAUAUAUUCAGAAGAAUACUAUCACCCUUGAGGUCCACCAGGCUUAUAGCACAGAAUAUGAAACAAUUGCAGCAUGUCAAUUAAAAUUUCACGAAAUUCUUGAAAAAAGCGGCCGAAUAUUUUGUACAGCAAGUUUGAUUGGAACAAAAGGAGACAUCCCAAAUUUUGGCACAGUGGAAUACUGGUUCCGAUUAAGAGUUCCCAUGGAUCAAGCAAUUCGACUUUAUCGAGAAAGGGCAAAGGCUUUGGGGUAUAUAACAUCAAAUUUUAAGGGGCCAGAGCAUAUGCAGUCGUUAAGUCAGCAAGCACCCAAAACUGCUCAACUCAGUUCUACAGAUUCCACAGAUGGCAACUUAAAUGAACUUCACAUUACAAUAAGAUGUUGCAACCACCUGCAGUCCCGAGCAAGCCACCUGCAGCCACACCCAUAUGUUGUGUACAAGUUUUUUGAUUUUGCAGACCAUGAUACAGCUAUCAUUCCCAGUAGCAAUGAUCCACAGUUUGAUGAUCAUAUGUAUUUCCCAGUGCCAAUGAAUAUGGAUUUGGAUCGAUACCUUAAGUCAGAGUCUCUGAGUUUUUAUGUUUUUGAUGAUAGUGAUACCCAGGAGAAUAUUUACAUAGGAAAAGUCAAUGUGCCUCUGAUUUCGUUGGCACAUGACAGGUGUAUCUCAGGAAUAUUUGAGUUAACAGACCAUCAAAAGCAUCCUGCUGGCACCAUCCAUGUUAUAUUGAAAUGGAAAUUUGCUUACCUUCCACCAAGUGGAUCAAUAACAACUGAAGACUUAGGAAAUUUCAUUCGCAGCGAAGAGCCAGAAGUUGUUCAAAGACUUCCUCCAGCAUCCUCUGUUAGCACACUAGUUGUAGCACCAAGACCUAAACCAAGACAACGUUUAACACCUGUAGAUAAGAAGGUAUCUUUCGUGGAUAUCAUGCCACGUCAGAGUGAUGAGACUUCUGCUCCUCCUGAAGAUAGGAAGGAAAUUUCACCAGAGGUAGAGCAUAUACCAGAAAUAGAAAUUAAUAUGCUGACUGUUCCACAUGUUCCCAAGGUUUCACAAGAAAGCAGUGUAGAUGAGGUAAAAGAGAAUACUGAGAAAAUGCAGCAAGGAAAAGAUGAUGUGUCUUUAGUAUCUGAAGGUCAGCUUGCAGAACAAAGCUUGGCAUCUUCUGAAGAUGAAACAGAAAUAACAGAGGACUUGGAACCAGAAGUUGAAGAGGACAUGUCAGCUUCUGACAGUGAUGACUGUAUUAUUCCAGGUCCUAUCUCCAAGAAUAUCAAACAGCCAUCAGAAAAAAUUCGGAUUGAGAUCAUAGCUCUAAGCCUUAAUGAUUCUCAAGUAACCAUGGAUGACACUAUCCAACGGCUGUUUGUUGAGUGUCGAUUCUACAGUCUUCCUGCUGAAGAGACACCCGUGUCGCUUCCAAAACCCAAGAGUGGGCAGUGGGUCUACUAUAACUAUAGCAAUGUGAUCUACGUGGAUAAAGAAAACAACCAAGCAAAGAGAGACAUCUUAAAAGCUAUACUACAAAAACAAGAGAUGCCUAAUAGAAGCCUUCGCUUCACCGUGGUCAGUGACCCUCCAGAGGACGAGCAGGACCUGGAGUGUGAGGACAUUGGCGUGGCUCACGUCGACCUCGCUGACAUGUUUCAGGAAGGGAGGGACCUCAUUGAGCAAAAUAUCGAUGUUUUUGAUGCACGAGCAGAUGGUGAAGGUAUUGGCAAGCUCAGGGUAACAGUCGAAGCUCUCCAUGCCCUCCAGUCUGUCUACAAGCAAUACAGAGAUGACUUGGAGGCUUGAAAGCAAAUGCUCCAGAGGCAUCUCCUACUCCUCAGUAAAUGCUCACAUGAAAGUUCCUACAUGAGAUUUUUGUAAUUACUCUGGUGUAUAUAAUCUAUAAUUCAUGGGAAGCUGGGAGCGGGGAGACCUGGGUUUGAGGUGUUGAAGUUUUGUAUACUUUUUCAUUUGUUUAUUUCUCUAUUCCCUCCUUCUCAUAACUGCCACCCCUCAGGACUUAAGUUCUCCAUAAUGGGCAGUACCUUCUCAAUAAUUUAUACCUACAUGAUAGCGUGAGAAAGUCUAUUUGCAUUUUCAACAUUUUCUUAGGAAGAACUGAAAUGCAAUUCCCAUUUUUAUUUUUAAUAAGCAAAAGCAUAAAUCUUAGAAAACCUAUGAAAAAGAAAUACUUUUAUGUUAUCCCUAAUCGUCCCACUAAAUGGAAUGCCUAUGAUUAGCUUCAUUAAGAGUUUUAUACUGUGAAGAUUUUAUUAGAAGCAAUGUAUGAAAAUUACUUGGAUUAAUGUGUUAAUCUUCCUCUUUAAAAUGCUAAUAUCCAUUUUAUGCACAUUAAACCUCAGUAUGCAUUUUCUUUGAUGCAUGCAGUUUCUAUCAAUUAAAUAUAAAGAAUGAAACUUAGCACCAACUUA